AUCCUCAGUGUCAUAAAUAAUUCUCUCUUUAAUAUUUUCUAAGUCUAAAUUUAAAAGUUGUGUUAAAAAAAAUGAUUUGACACUUGAAAAAAAAUCAAAUGAAAUGAUUAACUUACUAAAACUCAAAUCUCAAACUUUUAGGAUCAAGAUUAUUAAGCGCAAAAGCUAUAAAAUAAGAAAUAACUCUGACUACAUUAAAAUAACCUCUAAUGGAAUACUUGGGUGAGAUAAUAGCUCUGGGUAUCGACAGCGUUAUCCUGGUGGUGUGUCUUCGCCAGUAUUUUCACUGUCGGCUGGCAGUAAAUUCUGUCAAGAAUGUCCAGAUCUGCGAUGUCGGCGUUAACUUACAUGACAUUGUCAAGUCUUCAGAGACGGACAAAUUUAACUACGUCGCGUUCCGUGGGAUCGUAAAACCUCUCAGCAAGCCUCUUAAUGGCAUCAACAACCCAGCUAUCACUGGAGUCAUCCAGCGGCUCAUUGUCAAGGAACAUGUAGUUGCUAGAACUACUGCUGGAUUCUGGUCAAAUGAAGAACGUAUAGUGCAAGACGUCUACAAUACAGUACCUUUUGCUCUUCAGAAUGGAUCCGCUAAAGUGGAAGUAACCGAUGCAUUGUCUGCGGAAAUUCUUGACAUGGAUGUAUUAUGUGAUGAAUUUAAACCAAAUGCCCCGACUGUUGCUGAUCUCAUCUGGGAGUUUUUUACCGGAUUCCGUCAACGAGGAAUGCAAUCAACCGAAGAAAUGCUGCGAGAAGGAGUUACGAUGACAGGAGUAGGAGAACUAACACUAGACAAAGCCGGAAAUUUAACAUUACAGCCUCCAAUAGACGGUACUCCUUUUUAUUUAACAACAAUGAAUGUCGGAUCCUUGUUACGAAAAUUGGAUGAACGGCGAAGAGUUUACAAAUGCUUGUGUAUAAUUUUCGGGACCGUAGGCCUAGUAGUCGGAGGAAUGGUGGUUUGUAAGUACCGAAGGGCUCGCAAGGAAAAAAGAAUAUCCGAGGAGAAGCGACAGAAUUUGGAAGAGUCAAGGAAGAAACGUCGCCAGAGAGUGAGAGAUAGCGAAUUACGCGAAGAUCAAAUUUGUGUAGUGUGCAAGGAGAACCCAAGAGAAGUAAUUUUGUUACCCUGUGGACAUGUUUGCUUGUGUGAAGAUUGCUCAGCAAGUAUCAACGAUUACUGUCCUGGUUGUCGGGCGGUGAUUGAGCAGAAGAACGCUGCUUAUAUAAUUUGACGGCUUUUUUUUUUAGAUAUUUAAAAUUUAAUUGUAAUUUGUAAAAUAAAUUAUUAAUUAAAAAUUUAGAUUACAUUGUAUGAGUUGGAUUGUGUACAAAAAUUUGUAUGAUAUGAAAUAUAUAUUUAAAUUAA